AUGUCGAAAAAGCCUGCGAAAGGCGAGUACAUCGAGACCGAUACCGGCAAUAAAGUAUCACGCCGCUCCCAGAUCAUCGGCACCACGAACAUCAUCCUCGGCGGCAAGACCGUCAUCCAAGCCGAAGUCAUCAUCCGCGGCGAUCUGCUGCGCACCUUUCCCGCCAGCAGUAGCAAUCCGAGCGAGAAGCAGGCCAACGCGGUCGCGGUAGCCAUCGGACGCUACUGUUUCUUCAGUCGGCAAUGCGUGCUGCGACCUCCGGGAAAGAUGUACAAGGGGCAAUUCUCACACUACCCUCUGAAAAUCGCCGACCAUGUCUUCGUGGGCACAGGAUCCAUCAUCGAAGCCGCGCUUAUAGGAAGCCAUGUCAACAUCGGGUCGAACUGUGUGAUUGGCAAGUUCACGAUCAUCAAGGACUACGUCAAGAUCAUGGAUGGGACCGUCGUGCCACCUAACAUGGUCAUCCCGAGUUUCUCCAUUGUGGCUGGCCGACCCGGGCGAGUGGUGGGUGAGAUCGCGGAAGGAGAGAUUGAUGGGAUGGAUUUGCGGGAGGUGUAUCGGACUGUGGGAAAUAACUGA